GCAGAAACACAAGAAGAAUUCCCUAGAAUCAUCAUGGAAAUCAAAACGCUACUGGAUUCUCCAGCAUUCGGAAAGGUCGCUAUCAAAUACGACGAUUCUCUUGUGGCCAGCGACUAUAUCCUGCACUUGCUGUCUAUGUCGAACAAAAAAAUAAUUGAUGUUUUCAAACCACAUUUGCAAAAGCUUACAGAGCACCUGAGCAGGAUAAGAAUGAUUCUGUCAUUGAUGGUAUCAGAAAUGGAAGUUGGCAAUGACAUUCGGGUAUCUUUUCAAAAUCGUAUCCUGCGGGACGCAAAAUCUGUGCUAUCUGAAUUUGAAGAUUCUGUCCAAGCACUAUCUGAAUAUUUCGUUAAGAGGGUAAAGCUAGUUUCCAAAAUGGAAAAAUAUCCGCAUAUUAAAGACUAUCGCUUAGCUCUUGAAGAAUUCGACGACAACGAGCACCAUAAAUUGCGUUGGGCUUUCCUGGAGAUACGGAGCAAGUACUGCGGUAUUCAUGCGGAUCUCCUGCAAAAAUGGGACAAAAUGGAAGAAUGAAUGCUCUAAUGUGCAUUCAAAUUAUUUUCAAUAUUUAAUUUUUUGUACUCUUAUGUUUUCUAGUUUCGUAGGUGAUCUGUGGUUUUGUUUAAAGAAGUUAUCUCAAUUUUUUGUACUCUUAUAGUAUCUAGUUUUGUUUAAAGAUGUUAUUGAGAAUUCAGAAUUCAGACAAAUAUCGUUUGUGGCAUAUGGCUUGUAGGACAUCAAAUUAUACUUAAUAAAAUGUUCAUUUUAUACUUUAAAGCUCGAAAUAGAAAUCAGUCAUUAAAUUGAGUUCACUGAGAAGGAA